CAUCCACACAGAAAGCUUCCAUAAGCUGGAGCACACGCGAUCAUAGGUAUCCACGUUGUAUGAUAGAGACGAAGAGAAAACCCGGCUUCCGAAAGCGAAAGACGGCACCUUUAUAUAUCGUUUCGCCAGUUGAGCUUGCCGCGGGGUUGGAGACAUGAGAAGGUGAUAUUUCUUGUUUUCACGCCGGAGGAGGGUGAGAAAUAUUGAAUCGAAAGUUGGCGACUUUUUGGUUGGUUUGGAUUCCCAUAUUCUUUCUUCAAUUCUCCCUCAUCCUCUUCGUCGGUGCUUAGAAUGGGGAAGAGAAGCAGAAGUGCGAGUCUGGAUGCGGCGGUGGUCGAUGUUCUGCACAGGGAGGUUGGCCAGGUCUCCGGCCGCCGCUUCUCUCAACGCUUUGCUGCGUCCAAGGAUCUUGUGCUCCGACUUGAGCUCUACAAGAAACUAAACAAGCACUCGGGGUGUGUUAAUACUGUGAGCUUCAAUGCUUAUGGCAACAUUUUGGUGUCUGGUUCCGACGACCGACAAGUGAUUCUCUGGGACUGGGAAACUGGGAAUAUCAAGCUGGCUUUCCAUUCGGGUCACCAAGGUAAUGUCUUUCAAGCAAAGAUUAUGUCCUUCUCAGGUGACCGCAGCAUUGUCACUUGCGCUGCUGAUGGAGAGGUACGACACGCUCAAAUCCAUGAAGAUGGAGAAGUGGAAAUUGAAAUGCUUGCAAAACAUCAAGGCCGAGCUCAUAAAUUGGCUGUUGAGCCUGGAAGCCCUCAUGGAUUUUAUAGCUGUGGCGAGGAUGGAUUAGUUCAACAUAUUGAUCUAAGAACCAGGUCUGCUACAGAACUCUUUACCUGCCCGCCUCAUGGCGAUAGGGCAGCUUAUAUGUCAGAGGUCCAUCUGAAUGCAAUCAUAAUUGAUCCCAGGAAUCCAAACCUCUUCGCAGUUGCAGGGUCCGACGAGUAUGCUCGACUAUACGAUAUCCGCAGAUGUAAGUGGGAUGCAUCGACUGAUUUCGGCCUCCCUGCAGACUAUUUUUGCCCUCCGCAUUUGAUCGGUGAUGAACAAGUUGGCAUAACAGGGUUGGCCUUCUCUGACCGGAGUGAACUUCUUGCUACAUAUAAUGAGGAGUUCAUCUAUCUUUUCUCACGGGAUAUGGGAUUGGGAUCCAACCCGCGAGGAAAGUCUUCUACAAGUGAUGAUGUUGAAAAAGCCCCUCAAGUUUACAAGGGGCACCGUAACUGUGAGACUGUGAAAGGUGUCAAUUUCUUUGGGCCUAGAUGUGAGUAUGUGGUCAGUGGUUCUGACUGUGGUCGGAUAUUCAUUUGGAGUAAAGAAGGCGGAGAGCUAAUUCAUGUCAUGGAAGGCGAUCGGCAUGUCGUGAACUGUAUUGAACCUCAUCCUCACAGCACUAUACUUGCCAGCAGUGGAAUUGAGCGCGAUAUAAAGAUAUUCACACCGAAAGCAAUGGAAAAGGCUACAUUGCCUAAGAACAUUGGACAGGAUCGAAUGUGUUCUCGCAUUCGUUGGUUUGACUUUAUUGAUGACGACGACGACGAUGGGGAUGACAGUGAUAUGGCAGACGAAGAUGACGAGUAUAUUUGUGAUGAUGACUUCGAUUAUUAUGAUGAUGAUGAUGAUGAUGACGACGAUGACGAUGAAGAAGAUGAGGAAGAAGAAGAUGAUGAUGUGGACAAUGAUGGUGACCAUGAGGGUGAAGGCAAUAUGGAUGUUGAUGAUUUGCUUGAUAGGUACAACGAUGUCGGGACUAAUUCUGAUUCGCACUUUGUGUCUUCAGAGAAGGCCGAAGGCCAGGAGGAGCAGGAUGGACCAGAUAGCUUCGCCGCAAGAUCUGAUGUUGGAGCUGUUCUCUAUUCAAGGACGCCGCCAAAGAAGUAGUCAUCUGGAUAACAACAAUGAGGAGAGGUCACCUGCUAAUAGGGAGCUUCUGGAGCUUAUAAUGGCAUUCAAUGCCGCCGGUGGUGACCCUUCUUCUGGCAACGGAGAGGACUCCACCAGUCAGGGAGACCUGUUUGAUUAGAAGGCUUCUCCGGCGACCUAUUGGUCUGUCCGAAAGACGAGGAGCUCAUACGUCAAGAUCGAAGCUGGAGAUAUUUACUUUCAGUUAUCACUACCUAAGAAUUUUGUUGCUCUGUUUGAGUUUGGAAAUCAAUUGUAAAUAUAUGUAAACGUAUUUGUCUGUGUUUAGAGGUGAAAGAGGGAGAGUUGUGCGACUUCAUUUCCCCCCUCUCCCUGCUUUUUCCUCUCUUUACUCUCAGUCUGUACUUUAUACAGUUAUACAGAAAAAGCAACUUUCUUUAGCAUCGAUUUCAAUCGUUGAAUGUUGUUUAUGAAAAUGUCAGUACGUGUACACCAAUGAUUGAGAGCAUUCUCGGAUUGGGUUAGGUGUUUAGGGAUGAAUGUUGUAUUCAAAUUUAUUGGUAUUGUAUUUGACUCAAUCAGGUCAAAAUGGGUAAAAUUAUGUUGACAUACGUGAGUUUAUUCGCUUUUAGAUUUGACAUGUAUGGAUUUUGAUCAAUGUUGUGUUGAUUUUGGACAAUCCCUUUGUUAAAAGAUCGGGAUUCAUGGCCAGACCACUAAAACCGACAAUCAAUUACUGUAGUGGUUCAACCCAUUACUUGGAUGGUUUUGGAUGAAUUGAAUGCUUUUUCACGAUUGAAUAUUAAUUUGAAAGUAACGCUUCGAUUUACCUCACUCAUCCGUCACCAUUUUUACAUAGAAGUAUUAGGUUAAGUUAGUUAACCGACAAAAAAAGUUACAAAAUAACCAAACCAAAAACUCUUUCUUCCAUUGCUUUUUUUUCCAUAGAUAUUUCGAAUGGGAUAAGCCAGAUACGAAUACUACAUGAUCAUAAGAGGCCAAAGUCAAAAGAAAAAAAAGAAGGGACGUUGGUCAACGAGACGCUGAACAAACAAUUAGAUGGCUUGUUUGCCACGAUAUGGGCAGCCAUAUACCUAUGUGGUGCGAAAUGAAACGAGAGAUAUUGAUAAGAUGUUCACAGCACCUGAACCUCUUGUGUAAUGGUACCUCUCAAAACGUGUGCCAAAUCGUUCGUGUUGGCUAUGCAUAUGGGUACCUGCACAUCACCACACAAGUAGACAUUAGAGAGACAGAGUGAUUAACCCAAUGGGGGACCAAAUUUUUUUUCAUAGGGGUGUCCUCUUCUAAAAAUAAAUUAAAAUAAAAUAAAAUAAUUCUUAUAUAAGAAAAUACCUGACUCGUACGACGUUAAAAAAAUUUCACGAUGUUUUUGCAUAUUCGGAAAUAAUUGUAGAAUACACUAGAUGUCUACACUACUCAAAAAAAUUUCUCUGUAUAUCUUACUAGACAAUUAUUCACGAACUUAUCGCAUAUUUGAUUCUUAAACUUGUUAUUGAUGCAGCCCAAAGCCAAAAAAAGACUCUUUCGGCACUUGUCUUACAACCACAAAAUCAAUACAAAUUAUGAGUACCUUGAAAUUAGCUUAAUUGUUAGGUUUUGAAAAUAACUAGAGAUAGAAAAUGUCAAUUUACUAUUACACGGUGUUUAAAAUCGAACAAUAAAUGAGUUGUAGCCUAAUGGAAAUAAUCUUUAUUGAUAGUAGUAGUGUCCUAGGUUUUAAUUAUCCAAACUACCACUUAUAUUUUCAUACGCAAACAAAAAAAAUGAGAGUAGGAUAAUUUUUUUCCAAAUUUCAGGAGUGUCCCUCACUCUCAAAUAUAAUUUUUUGUUCGUACGUAAAUUACCACCGGGAGCUGAAUAAUCGUUUUCCCAAAAUUUAGUGUUGUAUACCUCAAACCUCCUUGUGUCCGCACUGUAAGACCCAAGCUCUAAUCAAAUAGGAUACCACUU